AUGGCAACGAUAAAAGAAACACAUGAUUCAUUUGGAGGGCUGAAGAUAAGCAAUAAGGAUACUAUUAAUUUAAGUUUAUUUUGUGAAUUAUGUAAAUUGUUAUUGCUUGAACCAAUACAACUCUUAUGUUGUGGUACUCGUUUAUGUCGAUGGUGUUCAAACAAAGGCUUACCAGAUAGUGAACCAUUUACGUGCUUAUUUUGUAAUAUCAAACAAGCAAAAAAGCAGGCACAUGUAGACCGAGGAGCUGAGCGAGAAUUAAAGAUGAUUAAAGUUGAAUGUUAUUCAUGUUCUUGGAAUGGACUAUACAAUGAUUAUAAACAUCUAGGGCAACAACAUGCAUAUUUACAAUGUAGUGAUUGUCAUGAAGAUUUUUUCUCAGUAAAUUUAUAUGAAGAACAUCGACAAGAAAUCUGUACAUAUCGAUCUAUACCAUGUGGAUUACCUGGCUGUAUCGAACACAUAAAAUGGUCUGAAAUAGCAAUACACUACUUAAGUGACAAACAUCAGAAAAUAUUACUUAAAAUCAUUACUCAACAUAUUGUUUCAAAAAAUCAUUUAGCUAAUAAUCCCAAUUGCUCGACAACUACAUUUGACGUUGCUUGUAAUAUGGAACAAGAAUUUACUACUGUUAAUGAAAAAAUUAAUAUUUUUUUAACAGAAGUAGAUACUUAUUUGAACAAUUCUACACAAUUGAAGUCUGAACAUGAUCAAAUAAAGGUCACAUAUGAUAGUUUAAUUCCGCAAAGAAAUACAGUAAGAAAAAUAUUAAAAGACGAUAAUGAAAAAAUUAAUCAACAUAUACAGGAUCAAAAUGAAAUGGAAAAAAAAAUAGAUGAUAUUAAACAUUUACAACCCUUCACGAAAAACUUAUCAUUAGAUAGCGAUAGUACAAUAACAUUUUCUUUUAUUAAACAUUCUCACGAAAUGAAUGUACCAUUUUCAAUGUACUCAUCCAAAUUUAAAACAUCACAAUUUGGAUAUAAUUUUAUGCUUCGUGUAUGCUCAACUAUUAUAUCUGAAAAUGAAAAUCAAGAAUAUUUAUCAAUUUACAUAACAUUACUUCGCGGAGAAUUUGAUCCAAUUCUUUUAUAUCCAUUUACUUAUAAUAUAUAUCUAUGUUUAUGUGAUCAAUCAAAACAAAAAAAACAUAUUGUAUCAAUAAUAAAACCUGAUGCAAAUUUAUUAUCAUUUGUUCAUCCAACAAGCGAGAAGAAUGAUGAAGUUGGUAUAAUUAAGUUUUGUCCAUUGAAUUUUCUCAAAAAUGUAGAAAAUAAUUAUCUAAAAGAUGGUGUCUUUUUCAUUCGAAUAUUUAUGGACUUUAUGAAUACUGGAUCAAGUCCGUUUACUUGA